AAAGUCUUCAAUUUCUUCAUUCAAUCACUCUCCUCCACAUCAUCACACAGCACGACGACCAAUUCGCGCCCAAUAUGCCUACCGUCAUCCAUCUAAGAGCUGAUACCAAGCCAUUCGAGCGCCGCUCGCCCCUUUCUCCCAAGACUGCCAAGGCACUCCUCGACGCUGGCUACAUUGUCCGUGUCGAGAGAUCUACGGAACGUAUCUACAAGGACGAAGAGUUCGCGGAAAUUGGUGCUGAAUUGGUGCCUGCUGGAUCAUGGAUCAAGGCCCCAAAGGAGGACAUCAUCUUGGGUCUCAAGGAGCUCCCUGAGGAUGACAUUGACCUGCCCCAUACAUACAUACACUUCCAACACAUCUUCAAGAAGCAGACUGGAUGGGCUCCUUCACUUUCUCGCUUCGCGCGCGCCGGUGGCACCCUCUACGAUCUCGAAUUUUUAACUACGGCGGAGGGUCGCAGAAUCGCCGCAUUUGGCUAUUUCGCCGGUUAUGCCGGUGCUGCAGUUGCUUUCAUCUCAUGGGCUCACCAAGUCCUCAACCCCGGCGUCACCCAAGGUGAAGUGCCUCUUUUUGAGAACGCACCUGCUCUGGUUCAGCAUGUCAAGUCUGCGCUCGAACCUGCCAUUCGUGCAAACAACGGCCAAGCUCCUCGUGUUAUCGUUAUUGGAGCCUUGGGUCGAUGUGGUAGCGGCGCGGUAGACUUCUGCCGUGAGAUUGGUCUUAGCGAAGAUUCCGUCCUGAAAUUUGAUCUCGCCGAGACGGCCAAGGGUGGACCGUUCAAAGAGGUCGCGGAGUCAGACAUCUUUGUUAACUGCGUCUACUUGGGUCCCAACCCUACACCUCCCUUCGUCACUUUCGAGUCUCUUGCGAUCCCUGAAAGACGACUAAGAGUAAUCUGCGAUGUUUCAUGUGAUCCGAAUAGCGUGAACAACCCCGUCCCCGUUUAUUCUACCUGGUCCACAUUCGACAAGCCUACGAUUGCAACCUCCAAGCCUGUCACUGACCCAGAAUUGAGAGUCAUCGCUAUCGAUCACCUUCCAACCAUGAUUCCACGUGAAUCCAGUGAUGAGUAUUCUGGCCUGUUGCUGCCAGCUUUGCUCACUUUGGACCGCCGUGACACCGAGGGUGUCUGGACGAGAGCAGAGAAGACUUACAAGGACAGAGUAAGCGAGUUACCUUAGAGUAGCCUACCGGCUUCGCAUUGUUUGCAACUUUUUCACGACAUAUAUAUAAUCACAAGAUCAAAAAAGCAAUCUUCAAGAGAUGAACUUUGAAGAUAUCAGCUAUAGUUGAUACAGUAUCGAAAAAUAGAUGGGCAUUGGAAACUACUAGCCAGUUUCUAGAAAAAGUACAAUAUAGUAAAAUCAUGUACAAAAAAUAACUAAUUGCAUUAAUAACGUC